AUGAACCCUUGCUCUCGACGCCUCAUUUCGAGCAGGAGACAAGCCCCUCCCGAGCCACAGCCAGCGCCCCGAAAACGUUUGCCCGUCGCCAAAGUCCUCGCUGGAUUUAUUCUCACGGUGGUCGCUGGUAGUGCGGUGGCGUUGUACCCCGAGCUCACGAAGGAGCCCGUGAAGCCUCAAGAGGCUGUCGUCACAUAUGAGAAAAAGAGACCUGUAGCCCGAUCCAAGGAGGACAACCGCGACAUCAUCAGCAGCCAGCACCUACAGGUCAAGCAGAGCUGGGAGCAUCCCGGCGUCUACCUGUGGGGAUCUAAUACAGGCAGAGUGGCGGCGCCAGACUCAAAGGAGACAGUUAUCAAGACCCCUCGCCGCCUCACCUAUUUCGACGAUCAGCUUCUGCGUGAUAUCAAGCUCGAUCGCGACUUUGGUGCUGCCGUCACUGAGAAAGGCGAUCUCGUCCAAUGGGGCUUGGGAUUCUCCAAUACAGACCCGCAGCCGGUGACCACGCUGAAAGGCAAAGACCUUGUGAAGAUUGGCAUUUCUCGCGAUCGGCUCAUUGCUCUGGGCAAGAACGGCAGUGUCUAUAGCAUUCCCGUGACCAACAGCGACCAGGCCACUGGUAGCAAGCCUCAGCAGUCAUCGUGGUCGUUGUGGACAAGCUCGAGUCCGAUCAGCUACCGCACGAUACAACCAAAGAAUCUCGGCCGUGGUGAAACAGUGACAGACAUCAAGAGCGGCCUUGACCACGGCUUGCUGUUGACCUCGGCUGGUCGCGUGUUCUCGUUUGCAUCAAGCACGACCGACUUUCCCGCCAAGGGCCAGCUCGGUAUCCCAGGCCUGAACUGGGCAUCCAGGCCUGCCGGCGCCUUCGAUCAGCCUCAUGAGAUUGAUAUGCUUAAGGGCUUCAAAGUAUCACAGAUUGCAGCUGGAGACAAUCACUCACUUGCCCUGUCGAAGGACGGGAAGGUCUUUGUCUGGGGCGAUAACACCUCCGGACAGCUGGGAUUUGAGACUGAGAACGAGAUCCCUUACGUCGAUGGACCGAUUCCCCUGCCAUUCAGCAAGCUGUAUGCUGGAACAAAGCAGAAGCCCGUCGUGACAUCAAUUGCCGCUGGUGGCAACAAUUCAUAUUUCACGAUUGAUGCAACCCGGAUGCUCGGGCAGAACGAGGAGCCUGGUGAUGUUGCCAACAUUGGUGAGGUCACAGCCGACACUUGGGCCUGCGGAUCUGGCAUCUUUGGAGGACUCGGCAACGGCCGAUGGACGCAUGUCUCUCUUGGUCCGACCAAGAUCAAGACGCUGUCUGGACUGCGGGAAUGGGACGAGAACACAAAUUCUGUCAUCCCGAUCCGCCUGGCUCGCCUGAGUGCUGGUAGCACACACGCUGCUGCGGUCAUGAACAACGUCACGUACCUCGACUCCUCGGAUAAAAAGUCUAUGAACGACACGAACUGGGGUGCCGAUAUUGUGUGGUGGGGCGGGAACGAGCACUAUCAGCUCGGAACCGGCAGGCGCAACAAUGUGGCGACGCCCGUCUACAUCCAGCCCCUUGACGGCGGUGCGGGCGAUGCCGAGAAAGGACGCAAGGGCGAGGAGCACAGAUUCCAGAUCACACCUCGGAGGACUGUUAGGCUAGGGGAGGACGGGAAGGGGCGCAAGGUCAGCGUCGAGCAGCGGGUCGAGUGCGGCCGUCACGUCACAGCUGUAUACUCUGGCGCGUGA